AUGGGCCUCCAGUACAAUUCUCCCCUUCUGGUCACCUCCCCCCCUCGCAUCACCCAGCCGAUCCUUCAACACCCCGUUCCCCACAGGAUACUCGUUCGAAACUUCACCGCUUUCACAAACAAAUCCACCACUAGCACAUUCUCUCCGCUCGUCCUCUGCCCAGAGUCGCUCUCUCUUCGAACCUCCCCGCUCCCGAUGUCGUGCCGGCCACCACAACCGCCGCCACCGCAGCCUUCGCCCUCACCGCCGCUAUUCUCUGCCGCGUCGUCAAAGAAGAGGUCUCCGCAGAUUGCUUUCGCGGAUGAUACGCCACCGUCUUCGAGACCGCCUUCUCGCUCGCACACGCAGAAGAGAUUGCGUGCAAAGAGGGCUGGCGAGAGGCCUAGUUGGGUGUCUGGUAAAGGCGAUGGUAUUGGCCUAGACGCGCGGGUAGAAGCGGUUGUUGUGGAUGUGCUCUGGCCUGGCGCGGAGAGUUUGGAUUGUGGGAGGAAAGUGAGUGAUUUACGGCGGAGCAGGGGGUUUACGGUCUUGUGUUUCCUUGGAUGCACGAUUGAGCAUUUGCAAAGUUUGGGUCAGGUCGCCAGUCUCUUGGGCAAUUUAAACACAGACGUAUUCGGUGUCUCCCUGUCCGCUCCUCCACCGUAUACUUCUUCACUGCCAAUUAUUCACGACCGCACCCGUGCAUUAACACUCUCCCUGGGUCUCCUACACCCCCUCGGUGGUGGUCGGCAAGCUCUCGACGCGAUUGUCAUUCUCGACAGGGACUCUCGAGAAAGAGCAGUACUCCCCGUUGGCUGGGGGCCAAGACCAGUUCCGGGCCAGUGUGCCGCCGACGAGGAGAGUAAUAGUAUUAAUAGCAUUGUUGGGCGGUGCGUGAAGGGUGUUGAAUGGCUAUGCAAUGAGGCUUUGGAUGAUGCGGUUGAGGAUGUGGAGAUGGGGAUGAUGGAUAACGAGAUCGUUAUGGCGGCUUUGUAGGUAUGGGGGUUGGAAGGUUGGAGGUGAGUUUUUUUGGAGUACUGUAUUCUGGAGAGACCCUGGACUGGUUUUCCCAUUCCAGUUUGGGUAUAAUAUCGUUUAUUUUCAGCCUGGAAGGUGUAAAUAUGGGUAUCUCUUUCUCAUUCUUUUUGAGAAGCACCUCCUCCCCCUCCGUUCUCGCCCUCUCACUCUACUACUUCUGAUUCCAUAUUAACCCCUGUUUGAAUCCGUUUAACCACUUUCUUCAUACCUACGUUUACCUUCACUGUUAAAAGCACCGUUUCUGCCGUCGUCGUCGUUCUGUUAUAAACCGCACCUUUCCCC